UCUUUCCAUUGUAUAUAACACUCAGAUAUCUAUCGGAUACGCUCACCAACCUAACGUCGCGCCGUAGCGGAAGCAGUAACUGCCUCUCUCUCUCUCUCUCACACACACACACACACACAUAGAGGGUUGGCAAUGGAUACUGGAGGCAAUUCAUUACCAUCUGGACCAGAUGGGAAGAAGCGAAAAGUUAGUUAUUUCUAUGACCCAGAAGUUGGGAAUUACUAUUAUGGUCAAGGUCACCCAAUGAAGCCACACAGAAUUCGGAUGACACAUGCUCUUCUUGCACACUAUGGGCUAUUACAACAUAUGCAUGUUGUGAAGCCCCUUCCUGCUAGAGAUAAGGAUCUUUGCAGGUUUCAUGCGGAUGAUUAUGUUUCUUUCUUGAGAAGCAUUACUCCAGAUUCACAACAAGAUAAUAUUAGGCUGCUGAAGAGAUUUAAUGUUGGUGAAGACUGCCCUGUUUUUGAUGGCCUCUACUCUUUCUGUCAAACUUAUGCUGGAGGUUCUGUUGGUGGGGCAGUGAAAUUAAACCAUGGACAAUGUGAUAUUGCAGUGAAUUGGUCCGGUGGGUUACACCAUGCAAAGAAGUGUGAGGCUUCUGGUUUUUGCUAUGUGAAUGAUAUAGUGCUUGCCAUCUUAGAGCUCCUCAAAGUGCAUGAGCGAGUCUUGUAUGUAGACAUUGAUAUCCAUCAUGGUGAUGGUGUUGAAGAGGCCUUCUAUGCUACAGACAGGGUCAUGACGGUUUCAUUUCAUAAAUUUGGAGAUUAUUUCCCUGGGACUGGGGAUAUAGGUGAUCUUGGAUACGGGAAGGGAAAAUAUUACUCUCUUAAUGUUCCAUUAGAUGAUGGAAUCGAUGAUGAAAGCUAUCAGAUGCUAUUUAAGCCGAUAAUGGGCAAAGUGAUGGAAGUUUUUAAGCCUGGUGCUGUAGUGCUGCAAUGCGGUGCCGAUUCAUUGUCCGGAGACAGGUUGGGUUGCUUUAAUCUCUCAAUAAAAGGGCACGCAGAGUGUGUCAGAUACAUGAGGUCUUUUAAUGUACCGUUGCUGUUGCUGGGGGGAGGUGGCUACACAAUACGCAAUGUGGCUCGUUGCUGGUGCUAUGAAACUGGAGUCGCACUUGGGAUGGAACUUGAAGACAAAAUGCCACAGCAUGAAUAUUACGAGUACUUUGGCCCAGAUUAUACUCUUCAUGUCGCUCCUAGUAACAUGGAGAACAAAAAUUCUCGUCAAAUGUUAGAAGAAAUGAGAGCAAAGCUUCUGGAUAAUCUCUCAAAACUUCAGCAUGCACCGAGUGUGCAGUUCCAGGAGCGGCCACCCGAUACUGAAUUUCCAGAGGCCGAUGAAGAUCAGGAUGUCAAAGAUGAAAGGUGGACUCAUGAUUCAGAUGUAAAGGAUGACCUGCGAAAGGCACUAUCAGGGCGAGUUAAGAGGGAGAUUCUUGAACCUGAAGCCAUGGGCACUGAUGAUAUGCAAAUUGACGAGCGCCCUAGGGAACUGGAGUCGACAUUCAUAGAUUCAAAGGGUUCAAUAGCAGCAGCAGUAGCAGAAGCCCAAAUGCAAGGAAACUCUAACAAGCCCUUUGAUCAACCAGUGGAUAUGAACUUGUGAGAAGGGGCCAUUGGAGCGUAUCUAAAUAGAUACUAUACUAUGUUUCCAUAUCUAAAUAGAUACUAUGUUAACACCAAUAGUAUGU